AUGGCGUGCCCUCAUCAGGUAUCAAUAGAUGUUAUUCGAUCGAAAUCUCUGCAAGAAAUAAUAACAGAAAAAACGAAUGCAGCUAAUAUAGAGAAUGAGGACGAUCCAUUCUAUUUAGUGGAUAUCAGCGAUGUCAUAAACAAGUAUAAAACUCUAUUUUUCAAAGUUUUCUUUAUUACUCACAUUUUCCUUACAGCAAUGAAAUCAAAUCCAGAUUUUCAGAUAGCAGCUACAUUAUGUGGUUUAGGUACUGGUUUGGAUGUUGCAAGUGCUGGAGAAAUUGAAACCGCUGUAGCAGUAGGUCUCAAAGAUGAGGAUGUUAUAUACUCUAAUACUUGCAAAGGAAUUUCUCAUUUAAAGGUAGCUGCUAAAGAGAAUUUAACGCAGAUGACAUUUGACAGUGAAGUCGAACUGCAUAGAAUUAAACGUUUAUAUCCUAGUGCCAGACUAGUAUUACGCUUACUUGUGGAUGAUUCCCAUUCUGAGCUUAAGCUUGGAGUAAAAGCUGGAGCUUCUUUCAGUAGAGUGCCGCAUCUAUUGAAAGUUGCUAAAGAAUUAGGUUUAAAUGUGAUAGGAACAAGUUUCCACGUUGGUUCUGAAUGCGGUAGCCCUGAUGCUUAUGCCAAGGCAAUAGAAAAAAGCAGAAGGGUUUUUGAUAUCGCGAAAGGGCUCGGUAUGAAAUUUAAUCUGUUAGAUAUCGGUGGUGGAUAUCCGGGGCAAAUAAACGAAUUGUUCACAAAUAUAUCUCGUAUUAUAAAUAAAGCAUUAGACAUCCAUUUUCCUUCAGAUAGUGGAGUCCGAAUAAUUUCUGAACCAGGCCAAUACUUCUCUUGUUCUUCAUCAAUUCUGGUGGCAAAUAUUAUCAGUAAGCGCAUAAGAUUUGAGGAUGACGACACCCAAAUUGAAGGCUAUCCAAGUGAUAAGGAAAAUAUGGAAAUAACGUAUCAUAUUAAUGAAGGUGUAAUAGGCGCAUUCAUUAGUAAAUUGAUUAUAAAUUUGCUGUAUAUUCCGAAAAAAUUGAUAAAAAGCAACGAAAAAUGCUAUCGCAGUAGUAUGUGGGGCCCAACAUGCACUCCAGUAGAUCAAAUUUUAAGCGAUUAUAAUCUACCUGAGAUGGAAGUUGGCGAAUGGGUCUAUUAUGAAAUUUUUAAAUGUGUAACACGAUCAGAAAAUGUUUGUUGA